AUGUUUGUGAAAAGAGUUCUUAUAACAAAGCGUGUUAGGUUCAUAAAGCUGUUCUUCCACGGAGGAGACGAGUGUCUGACCAUACCCAGCGCCUGGGCUAAAGAAACUGGACAGAACAUCGUAGUCUACGAAGGCGGUUCCGUCAUGUCGCAAGCCCGCUCCCUCUGGCGGUUAGAGUUAGCGCGCACCAAGUGGGCCGGCGGCUUCAUCAACUGGUACCACCCGAUGCGAAUCCGGCACAUCACUACUGGCAGAUACCUGGGCGUUAACGACCAGAACGAACUGUAUUUGGUUAGCAGGGAAGAGGCAACCACAGCCUCUUGUGCCUUCUGUCUCCGGCAAGAAAAAGAUGACCAGAAGGUGGUGUUAGAAGACAAAGACUUGGAGGUGAUUGGAGCGCCCAUCAUCAAGUAUGGUGACUCCACCGUCAUCGUGCAGCACUCGGAGACUGGACUGUGGCUGUCUUAUAAGUCCUACGAGACGAAGAAGAAAGGCGUUGGCAAAGUGGAAGAGAAACAAGCGAUCCUACACGAGGAGGGCAAGAUGGACGACGGGCUGGACUUCUCCAGGUCUCAGGAGGAAGAGUCCAGGACAGCCAGAGUCAUUAGGAAGUGUUCCUCGUUGUUCACUAAGUUUAUCAAUGGCCUAGAAACACUGCAAGAGAACCGUCGGCAUUCGAUGUUCUUCGCGUCAGUCAACCUGGGCGAGAUGGUCAUGUGUCUCGAGGAUCUGAUCAACUACUUCGCACAGCCUGAUGAGGAUAUGGAACACGAAGAGAAACAGAACAAGUUCCGCGCUCUCCGGAAUCGUCAAGACCUGUUCCAAGAGGAAGGCAUCCUCAACCUGAUCUUGGAAGCGAUCGACAAGAUCAACGUCAUCACCUCCCAAGGGUUCCUAGCCGGCUUCUUGGCAGGCGACGAGUCAGGGCAGAGCUGGGACAUGAUAUCGGGAUACUUGUAUCAGCUGCUAGCCGCCAUAAUCAAAGGCAACCACACAAACUGCGCUCAAUUCGCCAACUCCAACCGAUUGAACUGGCUGUUCUCCCGACUCGGCUCCCAGGCUUCUGGGGAAGGCACAGGAAUGCUGGAUGUACUGCAUUGCGUGCUCAUCGACUCGCCUGAGGCUUUGAAUAUGAUGCGGGACGAACACAUCAAAGUGAUCAUUUCUCUCCUGGAAAAACACGGACGUGACCCAAAAGUAUUGGACGUCCUCUGUUCACUCUGCGUUGGUAACGGAGUGGCUGUAAGGUCGUCACAGAAUAACAUUUGUGACUACCUCCUGCCUGGAAAGAAUCUGCUUUUGCAAACACAGCUGGUGGACCAUGUGUCGAGCGUCCGCCCAAACAUCUUCGUGGGCCGCGUGGAAGGCUCGGCAGUGUACCAGAAGUGGUACUUCGAAGUGACGAUGGACCACAUUGAGAAAACCACGCACAUGAUGCCUCAUCUAAGGAUUGGAUGGGCCAACACUGCUGGAUACGUCCCUUACCCCGGCGGUGGUGAGAAAUGGGGAGGGAACGGAGUAGGGGAUGACCUCUACUCGUUCGGUUUCGACGGUGCUUUUAUGUGGUCUGGAGGAAGAAAGACACCUGUGAACAGGACGCAUGCUGAGGAGCCUUAUAUACGGAAAAGUGACGUGAUCGGCUGUGCUCUAGAUUUGACAGUGCCGAUUAUAAACUUUAUGUUCAACGGAGUAAGGGUCACUGGAUCCUUUACCAACUUCAACUUGGAAGGCAUGUUCUUCCCGGUCAUCAGUUGUUCGAGUAAAUUAAGUUGCCGCUUCCUUCUCGGAGGCGAACACGGCCGGCUGCGCUACGCGGCGCCCGAAGGCUACUCCCCUUUAGUGGAGUCUCUCCUGCCUCAGCAGAUCCUGGCCUUGGAGCCGUGCUUCUACUUCGGCAACUUGGCCAAGCGGGCCCUAGCUGGGCCACCACUGGUGCAGGAUGAUACGGCUUUUGUACCCACACCGGUGGAUACUUUGCAGAUUACUUUGCCGUCGUAUGUCGAACAAAUCAGAGACAAACUAGCGGAGAAUAUCCAUGAAAUGUGGGCCAUGAAUAAGAUUGAAGCGGGAUGGAUGUAUGGAGAUCAGCGCGAAGACUUGCACAAGAUCCACCCGUGCUUGGUGCCGUUCGAGCGGCUCCCCGCCGCUGAGAAACGAUACGACAUCCAGUUGGCGGUGCAAACACUCAAGACUAUUCUUGCUCUCGGCUACUACAUCAGCCUUGACAAGCCCCCAGCGCGUAUUCGCAACGUUCGUCUGCCCAACGAGCCUUUCAUGCAGUCGAACGGUUACAAGCCAGCACCCUUAGACUUGAGUGCUGUCACCCUAACACCAAAGAUGGAUGAGUUAGUUGACCAGCUUGCUGAGAACACUCACAAUCUUUGGGCUAGGGAGCGCAUCCAACAAGGAUGGACUUAUGGGCUCAAUGAGGAUCCCGACAUGCACCGCUCGCCACAUCUGGUGCCGUACCCAAAAGUGGACGACGCGAUCAAAAAGGCCAACCGGGACACCGCGUCUGAGACUGUCAGGACUCUGUUAGUCUAUGGAUAUAACUUGGAUCCGCCCACAGGAGAGCAACAUGAAGCAUUGCUAGCUGAAGCCUCGAAACAGAAACAAGCUGAUUUCAGGACGUAUAGAGCGGAGAAGAAUUACGCAGUCAGCUCUGGAAAGUGGUACUUCGAGUUUGAGAUCCUGACUGCUGGGCCGAUGAGGGUUGGUUGGGCCCACGCUGAUAUGGCCCCAGGAAUGAUGCUGGGGCAAGACGAAAAUUCUUGGGCAUUCGACGGUUACAACGAGGAAAAAGUAUACAGCGGUAGCACAGAGUCUUUUGGCAAGCAGUGGGCGGUCGGCGACGUUGUGGGGGUCUUUUUAGACCUGAUAGAUAAGACGAUAAGUUUCUCGCUCAAUGGUGAGUUGUUGAUGGACGCUCUCGGUGGAGAGACGACAUUUGCUGAUGUACAAGGAGAUAACUUCGUUCCCGCUUGUACACUUGGAGUGGGACAGAAGGCCCGGCUGACUUAUGGACAAGACGUCAACACUCUAAAAUACUUCACCACGUGCGGUCUUCAGGAAGGAUACGAACCUUUCUGUGUGAACAUGAAGCGUGACGUCACCCACUGGUACACCAAGGACCAGCCCAUCUUUGAAAACACGGAUGAAAUGCUGGACACCAGGAUAGAUGUUACCAGGAUCCCAGCUGGCUCCGAAACACCACCUUGCAUGAAGAUCUCUCACAACACAUUUGAGACCAUGGAAAAGGCCAACUGGGAGUUCCUACGGUUGUCUUUGCCCGUCAUAUGCCAGGCACAAUUUAUAGGUGAACAAGAGAAAGCCAGAAGAUGGGUGGAGAUCAAAGAACGUCAACAAAUCCUGAUGAAGGAAGCAACUGAGGCCCAAAUGCCAGCCCACAUCGAUCAGAUUAUGAGAAGUGGGUUCACCAUGAAUGAUAUCAAAGGUCUGCACUACGAAGAUAACCAGGACGACGUCCAGUCAAAGAUGAAGAGGCAGCCUUCGAGACCCCCCCGCAAAGGCUCGGUGACGAGAGGCGUGACGUACCAGCAAGGUCAAGUGAACGGCAUGCAUAGGUCGACGAGCGAAGCCGAGAUGUCUAAAUACGAGUUGGGCGUCCAAAACCUGGCCGAUGAAAAGAAGGAUAAGAGAGGAAGAUCGCCUUUCAAGUUCUUCAAAAGCAAACGCGGCGAGAGCGGUGACAGGGCGAAGUCUCGCAAGUCGAAGACUCCAGAUCCCUUCAGUGACACGGAAGUCUCCCCAGAGAGAGGACCAAGGAGACCUAACCCUCAAAUACGCGUUUCACAGGCGAAUCAAAGAUAUGACAACAUGCUCCCAAGGGCUAGUAAACCCACCUUGUAUGACAGCCAAGGAGGUUUGAAC